AUGUAUAUACCAAUACUAUCUGAUACAGACCCUCUAUAUUACAUUAGCAACAAAAUACCUUUCAUCUUGAAAGGUGCCGUCAUUUGGCACAAUGAUCUAACCUUGGAGUUCCUGAGGGCCACAAUUGGCAAUAUUAAAGUAUCGGUACAUCAAUCAAACGAUAGAUAUCUCACCUUCCAACCUAAAAACUUCACCUACAAAUUAAAAACGAUAAAUCAACUCCUUGACGAAAUAAUUGCCAACAUUGAAAAUCCUAAUACCUAUACUUACUAUCGUUCACUAGGGAAGAAACCGCAAAAAGAUCCCUCAAAAUUGGAAGAUUUGAGUGUACAGUUAUCACAAAAGUUUGAGCUACCUAAGACGUUCCAAAGAUUAAUAACAGAUGGCACAUACAAGAUACAUUCCACAAUUUUAAGGAUUUCUCAUCCUCAAAUAGAAUUGUGGACACAUUACGACGUUUUCGACAAUGUAUUAAUUCAAACAAUGGGCACUAAAAGCAUCACUUUGUUUGAACCAUCGGCAAUCGCAGAUUUGAAAAUCGAUUUAUCCACUAGUCCGUUGAAUGUUUCACAAUUGCCGAGGGACAACCACAUGUACAAAGAUUUGUUUGAUAAAUCUCAUACUGGAAUUUUACAUCCAGGUGAUGCAAUAUUCAUCCCUUCUUGCUGGCCACACUCAGUAAAAUACACCGGAACUACUGAUCCUUGUGUUUCGUUUAACUGUUUCUUGGAGUCAUUUCACAUAAAUAGUGUUUAUGGUAACGAUGACCCAUACCAAAUUCGUGAUGCAAUUAAAUUAUUGGACAGAGUUGAUGCAAUGAUUGGCGAUUUACCUUGGACCCUAAAAGCCACUUGUUGGAGCAAGAUAUCACUCAAAGCUAAACAAAAGUGUGAUGAGGUUGUAGCAAGAAUUAGGCAAUAA